ACCUGUAUUUACACCUGUUCUCACCUGUAUUUACACCUGUUCUCACCUGUAUUUACACCUGUUCUCACCUGUAUUUACACCUGUUCUCACCUGUAUUUACACCUGCCCCCCACAGGUGUGCUGACUGUAGAGUUGGUACUGACCAGUGGUGACCAGGUCUGCCAGGUGAACAGCUACCUGCGUGACCAGCCUCACCUGUUCUCAUCAGGUGUUCAGUCCGACAAACUCAACAACAACAGCAACAAGAGUCGGCCAGGGUCUGCAAACAACAACGACAAUCUUGGCAAAAACAGUUCUUCCAUAGCCAGUGUGUCUCGGAGUGCCAGCCCCUGUUCGUCUGUGAGUUCCGGUUCAGUGUUCACGUCUCCCUGCACCAGUCCUGUUCCUCCCUGCAUCUCUCCUAAACCGGACUUACAGACGCCUGCUACUCCAGUCCCUGGUUCUACUGAGAGGUCUGAUAGUCACCCAGAGUCGGCUGUACAAGAGGAGGGGACAAAUCUUGCUGAUAGAAUCUCCCAGCUCAGCGUUGGGGAAGAAGAUCACCCAAUGCCAGAGGAGCCCAGCAGUCCUGGUGACCUCUCUUCACCCCGAGUGCCAACCCUCCCCCUCCCAGGAAAAGGCCGCAUGCUCAACGUUUUCAUCGAAGAUGCCAUCGGGCCGGACCACUUUGUGCUUCGUCCCUUCGACAGCAUGGAACUGGUCAGCCAGCUGGAAUCCGACAUGGACGAUUUUUACGAGAACAACGUUUUCCCCGCUGCGGACUGCGUUCCCGUUUCCGGGGCACUCUACGCGGCGUUCGUGGAAGAAGCUGACGCGUGGGAACGUGUCUGCGUGAAAGACAUCGCGCAGAACGGUGACGUUUCGGUCUGGGGGCUGGACAAGGGCGGGUAUCACGUGGUCUCGCCGGCAAACCUACGCCCGCUUGAUGCUCGCUUCCGCGUCAUCCCCGCUCAAGCCAUGAUGGGGAAACUCGGCGGGGUUGUACCAGCAAAGGGAGACAAGUGGACGUCGCCAACGGAAGAGCUUUUCCGCGAUCUCGUUCAGAAGAAGGCGUUCGUUGGCCAGCUGCUGUCAACACCGCGUAGCGCCGGGAGGAGGGGACACUUCCGGCAGGUCUGCCUGAACCUGAGGCUCAUUGACACCUCUAACCCGGACAGGGACGUGCUGGUGGAGGAUGUACUGGUCAGCAAGGGGCAUGCCAGGGCACUGGCACUGGCAGAGUGAGGGGUAACCGUGGAAACCACGGAACAGGCAUUCUUUGACAUUCUAUUCAGCAAAGGUCAUGGUAAAGUGUUGUUGGAGUAAAGGGUAUGCAUGGAAACCAUGGAACAGACAUUCCGCAAUAUCCAUGGAAACCACGGAACAGACGUUCUGUCUGCAUUCUAUUCAGCAAAGGUCAUGCUAGAGCACUGUCAGAAUGACUUGUAACGGUAGAAAGCACAAAAAUAAUGUUUUUCCGACAUUCUAUUCAGCAAAGGUAACGCUAGAACGCUGAAAGAGAGUGAGUUGUGUGCAUGGAAAUGCUCUAUUUUUUUAUCACGCUGUCUGUCAUAGUUUCGUUUUGUUGUUGUUUUUCUUGUUCUUAGAUGUGUAUGGUAGGUUACGUUACACUGAAUGUAGAGUACACGGGAACCUGGUAGAGAUGUACCGAAUUACAUGGGCAAGAACUUCAAUAAAGGAGCAUUACAUGAA